AUGUCAGUACCUUUGUAUACAUGGCAUCAGAAUAAUAGUACGGUGGUCAUAAAGUUUGACGUACCAGCCGCCGUCACUAAACAAGAUAUUUUGUCAGAGAUCACGGGAUCGUCGAUUAAGUUUGGGGUCAAAGGGUUUGCCCCGCACUUGGAUGGUCAAUUGGCAAAUGCAAUCAAGGGAUCGAGAUGGACACUCAAAGAGGACGUAGGUCAGAUACAGAUAUUGUUGGACAAAUCGACACAGUCGAUACCAUGGAACAACCUUAUCACCUCCUUUUCCUCUUCGUCUCCCUUUGUGUCGCGCGCUCGUGUCAUGUAUGAAUACAGCGCAACCAAUGAAGAAGAACUGUCAUUAUUGCCAUACGAGGUGAUUGGUAUUUUCGCAAGCGACGAUAGUGGGUGGCUCGAGGGUGAGAGACUAGGCGUCAAGGGUGCAAUCCCCUCCAAUUUUGUUGAAAUCUUUCAAAAUGAUUAUCAACCUUUAGAAGAUGUUGAAGCAUCAGCAGAGUUUGCAAAGACAGAAGACAAUAAACCAGGUAAGAAUAAUAAUGAAUCUAUAAAACAUCAUCAUCAUCAUCAUCAUCAUUGUUAUAGUUUAGAAUUUUAA